UGUAGUGUUAGAUGCAGCGCUCACAAGCAAUUUCAGUCCUUAGUACAUUUGUGCAAGCUUGUUAGAGUAAAGACACACAUGCGUCCUUGGACUAAUCGCUAAUUUUGUAUUUAUUUUUUGUUAUAUUUAAUUUUCAAAUGACUAUGGGUACUGCUGUAGCUGUGCAGAAAAAGAAGAGAAAAGAUUUUAUACCUUACUUUCUGGGAUUUGUAAUAUUUUUGUAUUGCACGGUCAGUCUCCUUUCAGUAACAGCAAAAACAGCACAGGGAAGUCACUCUGUCAGGGUGCGUCGGGCCGUGGAGAAUGAGACCGAAUGCAUCCCGCCACAGUCCUCCGAGUUUCCUGAAGGCUUCUUCACAGUGCAGGAGAGGAAGGAUGGAGGGCUCAUCAUUUAUUUUAUGCUUAUUUUCUACAUGCUUUUGGCUGUCGCUAUAGUCUGCGACGAUUACUUUCUGCCAUCAUUAGAAGUAAUCAGUGAACGUCUGGGAUUGUCACAGGACGUAGCAGGAGCCACAUUUAUGGCAGCUGGAAGUUCUGCACCUGAACUUGUCACAGCCUUCCUAGGUGUGUUUGUGACAAAAGGGGACAUUGGGGUCAGCACCAUUGUGGGAUCGGCUGUCUACAACCUGCUAGGAAUCUGUGGUGCCUGUGGACUUUUAGCCUCUAUGGCUGGGCGUCUCACCUGUUGGCCACUAUUCAGGGACUGCCUGGCAUAUGGGAUCAGUGUCGCUGCUGUCAUUGGCAUUAUUUCAGAUAACAAGGUUUACUGGUAUGAUGCUGCCUGUCUCCUGCUGGUCUAUGGCGUUUACAUUGUGGUUCUGUGCUUUGACCUUCGCAUCAGUGAGUUUGUCUUGAGGAAGCUGAGUCCUUGCUGCACGUGUCUGGGUUCAGGUUCUGGUGAAAAGAUUGAGACACAGCGUCUGCUGGGCUGGAAUGACGACACCAGCUUGCGAGUCCACAGUCGCUCCAGAACAGACAGUGGGAUCUUCCACGACGAGUCGGGAUACUCUCACCUGUCCCUCAGCCUACACGGACUCAAUGAGAUUCCUGAAGAGCAUAAAAGUGUCUUUGCCGUCCCGGAGAGCGACCUGAAAAGGAUUCUCUGGGUACUGUCCCUGCCUAUCAUCACUCUGCUUUUCCUCACCAUCCCUGACUGCAGGAGAAGGUUCUGGAAGCAGUGGUUCAUGAUCACUUUCCUCAUGUCAGCAGUCUGGAUCUCAGCUUUUACAUAUGUGCUGGUGUGGAUGGUCACUGUAGUCGGUGAGACCCUUGCUAUUCCUGAUACUAUUAUGGGACUUACUUUGCUUGCUGCUGGAACCAGUAUACCUGACACCGUGGCCAGUGUGAUGGUGGCCAGAGAAGGGAAAGCUGAUAUGGCCAUGUCCAACAUUGUGGGCUCUAACGUGUUUGACAUGCUGUGCCUGGGUUUGCCUUGGUUCAUCAAAACUGCCUUUGUGGACACAAACAACCCUGUAGAGGUCAACAGCACCGGACUGGUCUUCAUUUCCUCCACACUUCUCCUUUCAAUCGCCUUCCUUUUCGUAGCCGUGCACAUCAACGGAUGGAAGUUGGAUUGGAAGUUGGGAAUCGUUUCGCUCAUAUGCUACAUCCUCUUUGCCACUCUGUCCAUCCUUUAUGAGCUGGGAAUUAUUGGGAAUAAUCCCCUAAGACUGUGCAGCGACUGAGAUCUGACCUUCUCAGGACUAAAGCCAUAUUUUCUGAGACAAAACAAAAACGUUAAGCUUUUAAAAAUUUACAAAUAUCAAG